AUGCCUUUAGACGGUAGUUCUAUGGCCGGGUGGCCUUUGCUAACAGGACUGGGUCCUUUGAAAGAGAGCAGGGCGGUUGACCCGAGAGGGUUCGGGGUCCGGUGCAAGGACAGUUACUGGAUGAACUGUUGCGAUUCGGAGUGUGGGAAACACGCAGAGGACAAGCGGAGGAACGCUUACUAUCCGGUCAGGAAGUGGAACCCAGCAGCCAACGCGGGCCAGUUGGUCGAUUACCUCCAGUGGAGGCAGGCCGAAGGCGACGAACCAGCGGGUGAGUACAUGGAGUGGGUUGUGCAUGAGUGCAUCCUUGGGUUUACAGGGCUAAGUAGCCCGGGUGAGAGUUGCGUCGAGCAAGUGGUGCUUGCUUAUGCCUCUGGUGAGGCGUCGGCGGGAGGCCAGUACAGAGACGUUAUCUGCUCGCAGCGGCUGGUGUCCGCUCUGACGGGGGACAUUUUGUCCGCGAAGAUUGUUCUGUCGGUAACCUUUGGGCCUGUGGAGACAGGCGACGGGAGUCACAAACUCUUUGGUGAAGAGGUGCGAGAGCAAGUCUGUUGCCCGCACUAG